UUGAUUCUUCCUCUUUCUCGGUAUUGGUCGUCUUUGUUAGAAAGGGAAUGCACAAAAAUGGAAGCGAUUUGUUCUGGGAGGAGGUCAGGAAGGAACACCGACAGGAAGAAGAAUCCACCUGAGAAAAGGAGGGAAGAGUAUGGGAGAAGAAGAAGGUGUAGGGUCGAAUAUGAAAGGGGAAAGGGAGAUUUUAGCGAUCCUGAUGUGUUUUUUGUUUUUGGCAGAAGAAAGGAUAUGCCACCGACAAUCCAAGCUUUGCCAGUGGCAACGACGAUGACAAGAGGGGAACUUUGUUUUGAUUUCCAUUUUUUAAUGAGGUCUCCCUUCUCAAGAAAUCUCUUGCCCAAACCUUCUCCUGCUUUGACAGUGUUUAACCAGAGCUCGCUUUCAACGCCGGGUUUUCAACUAGCUGGUGGAGACAACUGCGACAUUAGCUGGGGCAUCUAUCACCCAUUGUAUACUCGCUUUUGACGCGGGUCAUGAAUUCUGCAAGCUAAAUUCAUAUUAAUCGCCUGAAGGUAGUUCUUGGUGUAUACCUUUCAUAUAGCUCAUUCUGCAAGCAUUCGACUAAUGUGUUGGACUUCCUCUUCUUUAUCAGUAGGAUAUGCCUUGGAAAAUAAAAGCAAUGGAGCUCGCCCCAAGGUUGUUGCAGAACCAGGAGGUGAUCUUUCAUCUCCAAAAAAAAAAAAAAAAUAACAGAUUGAUAGUGAAAGACAGCAGUAGAAGUUGAAGCUCCCUCAACUCAAAGGGUUGGGUAUGAAAGAACAAAAAAAAAGAGUUAACUACAGUUAUCAUGAAGCAAAGAGUGCCAUUGUACAAAAGUACAGAUCUUAUAGAUAUACAAGUGUUGCUGUCAUUUCGUGAUUCACGGAACUAUAUAUAAACUACCACAACUCUAAUUGACAUAAUUCUUCUAUUGACAUUCCACCGAUUCCUCACCAUGUCAGUUGGGUGAAACUACUUCUAAUGAAAUUCACCAUAGGUAUAUUGUUGAGAAUGUAACUAAUAAGACUAUGUUUGCGGUAAGCAAACUUUAAAUUGCCCUUGAAAACCCACAUUUUUUUCAUGGGCAGGUCACAGAAUGUUUGGCAU